AUGGCAUUAGUUAUAAGAAAACCUGCAAUUGAUAUUUUGUCAGCUGCGAAGUGGAUGAUUAGGAAAGAUUGUCGAGCUCUAUCUUCUUUGGUUGAAAAAGCGGAAGAAGCUGAAAAACGACCUGUAGGUCGACGACCACGAUUCCAAAAUCCAGCUUUAGAAUAUCGACACAUUUUUCCAGAAUUUUUACCAGAUCCAAAUCCUAAAUGGCGAAAUAGUUUACGUGAAAAAAUGGAAAGAGCUGAUAUGCUAAAAAGGAGAAGUCAGAUUGAUAUUCCAGAAUUUUAUGUUGGAUCAGUUUUGGCUGUCACAAUAUCAGAUCCACAUGCACAAGGUAAAACUAACAGAUUUGUGGGCAUAUGCAUUGAAAGAAAAGGUUGUGGUCUAAGGGCUGAAUUUACACUUAGGAACGUAGUGGAUCAUCAGGGAGUAGAGAUACGAUAUGAUCUCUAUGACCCUACCAUACAGUCGAUACAAGUUCUUCGACUUGAAAAGAGGCUUGAUGAUAAACUCCUCUACUUGCGGGAUGCUCUACCAGAGUAUAGUACAUUUCCAUUUGAUAUGGAUCCAGAGAUUCUUCCAGAAGGCACACCAGUUCCUGUUAAUCCAGUACAGGUAAAACUCAAACCUAGGCCUUGGCUUGAAAGAUGGGAGAGGCAAGAACUCAAAGGAGUCUCUAACAUUGAAGAACACUUAAAAGAAAAAGAUAGAAUUAGAAGAGAGUUGAGAAAGACACCAUGGGAGAAAUACGACUUAAUGAAAGAAUACAGAAAAACUAUUCCUGUUGAAGAUCAAAGUGAGAUUUGGGGUGAAGUUCAUAACCAGCUGAAUCAACUAAGACUUUCUCGUAAAAAGAUGUUUAAGAAACGUCCAAUUAGCACACCAAAGCCGCAACUUGGAUAA